AAAUUUUCCAUUUAAUGCAAGCAUUUAAGGCACUUUCACACACCAGCUCUGUGACAAUACUGCGCCAAGCCACCGACCAGCUUCCAGCGAAUUAUAAGCAAACGAAUCAAUUGAGCAGCUGUUACGCAGCAGCCAAUUACGAGACGCAGAAAAGUAAGUUAGCGAGGCUUGUAAAUGUAUAAAAACAGAAAAUGCAUUGAUUGGAUAGCUCAAAGGCGAAAAGUGAAAAGAAAUAGUGAGAACGGAGUGAGGGUAACGAGGAAAAUGUAUAUUUUCAAUUUACGAUUUAAUUUCGCCAUUUCGCAGUGCAAAAAGGACAUUCAUUCACGAGUGUAGGUAUGUGUUUGUGCAUGAAAGAACUUAAAAAUAAGUGCGCGUGUAUAUCAGCGAUGCUGACAGACAUAAAGGUGGCGGAGAAAAUGAAAGUUAUCCGCAAGCAAAAGAAAUAAAACCAACAAAAAAUCAGAAGAACAAGAUUAAAGCAAGAGCAUCCGGUUGGAAAUCGAAUCAGACAAGCAGCGUAGCGGCGGAUAUCGGCAAAUGGCUGCAGUACAAUGGAUAUCUAUAUAUGUAUGUCAGGUCCACUGCUUUAUUUUUUAUAAAACAGAGAAAAUCGAAUGCUUUCCCAAUGCUCGAUACAUAAGGAAUUCUACAUGUGGCAUAAAGGCAGUCAGUCGCUACCGAUCGCACACGAAUAUGGAAUGUGAUAUUGUGGAUCGUUUGAAAAAUGUUUCGCUUAAUUUGCAACUUUUUCUGCGAAAUACCGCCAAUCACUACAAACCAUUUCUAGUCAAUGUCACCGCCAAUUUGUGCAAAAUUCUGGAUAGACGAAACUUUCCCGCCUACACAACAACCGUAAUGAAUAUACUAAAAGAAGUAUCGAAUGUGAAUCAUAGUUGUCCAUAUACGAAACGCCUAGUGGUUAAAAAUCUCUUUAUUGAUGACAAGUUUUUACCCAUUGAACCACCCUUGGGACUCUAUAAGGGUGUUUUCCAUUUCUUCGAAGGAUUCCCCUACGAUGAUAUAGGUACGGUCAUACUUUAUGUACAGGCUAUUGAAGUGAAGCAAUUUAAACGACGUAUAAAAGCACCGAAAUUACGAGCACACUCGAAUUUGAAAUAAAAAAUUGGCAAUUAAAAUAAAAUUUGCAUUAAUAUCAUUUGCCA